AUGCUCAAGAUUUUGGAUGGGUUUGCCGCAGGUCGCUAUGACUUUGUUUACAUUCCACACGACCAGCACAAGGAUCGCAAUGUAGCGCUGGCGUUUGUCAACUUCGUCGACCAUUCGACAGCAAAGCAAGCGUUUACUUUCUUUCAAAACACUCGGGACCCGCUCCUUGGCGCCGGCCUUCGGGUUGCUGAGGCCCACCACCAGGGUCUUGGUGAGAACUUGGCUUUCUUUGUGGCGAGGUUUGGACUGCGCGAGGUCGAGAAUCCAAGCGCUCCACAGGUUUUUAAAGAUGGUGUCAGAGUUGACCUUCUUGCUGCCCUGACGGAGCAUGUGAACGUGGACUUGCUGGCGGAGGCAGUACAGCGCCUGAAGAUUUCGGACAAGCCAAAGAAGUCGAAUCAACGGCCUGGGCGGCAGCCAAGGAAUAAUUGGCCGGCUGGCGAUGGAAGGAGAACCUACUCCUACCGCUGUGAAGCAGCUUCCAGCAGAAGCACUGGCCAGUGCUCCGAUGGGGCAACUGGUUUCAUGGCAACUGGCUCUGCGGCCUACGCCUCUGCGGGCCCAACACCCUACAGAUCUGCGGGCCCUGCGGCCUACAGUUCUGCGGGCCCUGCGGGCUGCGCCUCUGCGGGCCCUGCGGGCUACGCCUCUGCCGGGCCUGCGGGCUACGCCGGCUACGACUCUGCGGGCCCUGCCGGCUACGGCUACGCCUCUGCGGGUCCUGCGGCUUCUUCGCAUGAUGGUCGGUACUCUUGCCAGAUGCCGGGUUUCCUGGCAACGGGCUCUGCGACCUAUGCCUCUGUGCCUGCAGCCUCUUCCGCAUAUACCCCACAUCACGGUUUUGGAGAAAACUGGUCAAUGCAGGCAGCACCGCAGCUUCACAGAGCACCCAUGACUGCCGACACUCCAACGACAGGUUGGCGAACGAUUUCCCUGGUGCCAAUUUCGUCAGCUCAUCACUCGCUGGGGCAUCAGCUAGCAUGGCCCACACCUGAGGUGUUCGCGCCUCCCCGCCAUCCACCAGACGCACAUGUCUACCGGGACGGUCCCAGCCCGCCAAUGUUUAUGUGA